CAAUAAAUCAAGCAGCUCCAAGAAGAGAGCUUGUCUUUCACAAAUGAUUGGCACCAAAACACUCAAAAUCCAAUGUCAAAGGCCAUCCUCGCUCGAAUCAAACCCCGUAACCGCCCCAAAGCCACUACCUUUACGCCGACCCGCUUCAGUCCCUGCAUCCACAACCUCGUUAUUGACGCCGUUCGAAUACUGGCAACCCACGCCCAAUGGCAGGACUCCCUCGAGUCUCGCUUUGCAGAAUCCGAGGUUCUAGUUUCGGACGUUGCCCAUUUCGUUCUAGACCGAAUACACGACCCCGAACUGGGUUUGAAGUUCUUCGACUGGGCUAACUCGAGACCCUUUUCUUGUUCCCUCGAUGGCUUUGCUUAUUCCUCUCUUCUUAAGCUCUUGGCAAGAUUCAGAGUGUUCUCCGAGAUCGAGCUAGUUCUGGACAGCAUGAAAGUUGGGAACUUGAAGCCUACCCAUGAAGCUUUGAACUCUCUGAUUCGAGCCUAUGGAGAUUCUGGGAUGGUUGAUGCUGCCCUACGGUUAUUCUAUACAGUGCGGGAAAUGCAUGGUUGUUUUCCCAGUGUUGUCGCUUCUAAUUCGUUGCUGAAUUGUUUGGUCAAAAGGGGGAACGUUGAGGUUGCAAGGAAGCUGUAUGAUGAAAUGCUUGUGACAGAUGGUGGCACUGGUAAGGUUGUGGAUAACUAUAGCACCGGGAUAGUGGUUAAGGGUCUAUGCGACUUUGGGAAGGUUGAGGAAGGUAGAAGGUUGAUUGUAGAUAGAUGGGGGAAGGGUUGUGUGCCCCAUGUUGUGUUCUACAAUAUGAUUAUUGAUGGGUAUUGCAAGAAGGGUGAUCUCCAAGCUGCAACUAGAGUUUUCAAGGAACUGAAAUUGAAGGGAUUUUUGCCAACGUUAGAAACUUAUGGUGCUAUGAUUAACAGUUUAUGCAAGGAAGGGGAUUUCGUGACAAUUGAUCAACUUAUGAAAGAAAUGGUUGAGAGGGGAUUGAGUGUGAAUAUUCAAGUGUAUAACAAUAUUAUUGAUGCUCAAUACAAGCACGGUCUGGUGGCAAAAGUAGCUGAGACAAUGAGAAGGAUGGCUGACAUGGGCUGUAAGCCGGAUAUUACUACUUACAAUAUUAUGCUUAACUUUUCGUGUAGGUCUGGAAGGAUCAAAGAAGCUGAUGAACUUUUAGAGAGGGCAAUAGAAAGGGGAUUAAUGCCUAACAAGUUUAGUUAUACGCCUCUUAUGCAUGCUUAUUGCAGAAAAGGGGAUUAUGUUAAGGCAUCAAAUUUGCUUUUUAAGAUUGCCGAAACAGGAGAAAAGCCAGAUGUGGUUUCGUAUGGAGCUUUUAUCCAUGGAGCCGUUGCUGCUGGGGAAAUUGAUGUUGCAGUUAUGGUACGGAUUAAGAUGAUGGAAAGGGGAGUAAUUGCUGAUGCCCAAAUUUACAAUGUCCUGAUGAGUAGCCUCUGCAAGAAAGGGAAUUUUCCUGCUGCCAAAUUGCUACUUUCAGAAAUGCUUGACCAAAAUGUUCAACCAGAUGCAUAUGUUUAUGCCACCUUGGUAGAUGGAUUAAUUAGGAAUGGUGAACUUGAUGAGGCAAGAAAGCUUUUUGAAGUCAUAAUUACAAAGGGUAUAGACCCCGGUAUUGUUGGGUACAAUGCCAUGAUUAAAGGUUUUUGUAAAUUCGGAAAGAUGGUAGAUGCUCUGUCAUGCUUGAAUAGGAUGAAAAAUGCACGUCAUGCUCCAGAUGAAUACACUUAUUCCACAUUUAUAGAUGGGUAUGUGAAGCAGCAUGACUUGCAAAGUGCACUCAAGAUGUUUGGGCAGAUGGUGAAGAAGCUCAAGCCAAAUGUGGUCACCUACACGUCCUUGAUCAACGGAUUCUGCAAUAUAGCAGAUUUGGGCAGAGCUGAAAAAGUUUUCAUAGCAAUGCAAUCUUUCAAUUUGCAGCCUAAUGUUGUCACAUACACUAUACUUAUAGGGGGAUUCUGCAAGACCGCUAAACUUGAAAAGGCAGCAACAUUUUUUGAACUUAUGCUGACAAAUAGUUGUCUCCCAAAUGACACUACGUUCCAUUAUCUGAUAAAUGGUUUGACAAAUAAUACAAACGCACUGGUUCUUGUUGAGAAAAAUGAGUCUGACAAAGAUUGCAGAACCAUGCUAUUGGAUUUCUUUGCAGUGAUGAUAUCGGAUGGAUGGAGCCCUGUGAUUGCUGCUUAUGAUUCCAUUAUUAUUUGUCUUUGUAAGCAUGGAAUGUUUGACACUGCUCAGUUGUUGCAAACAAAGAUGCAGAGUAAGGGGUUUCCUAUGGAUCCUGUAUGUUUCAGCGCUCUGCUACAUGGGUUAUGCCAGAAAGGUAAAUCAAAAGAGUGGAGAAAUACUAUGACUUGCGACAUAAGUAAGAUUGACCUACAAACUGCUGUUACGUAUUCCCUGAUAUUAGACAAAUACUUGGGUCAAGGUAUGCAUUCAGAGGCUUCGGUUAUUUUGCAGACCUUGAUUGAUGACUCCAGGGCUUCUGAGCCUCCUGCAGAACAUGAUCUAAAGGUUAUAGUAAGAUAGGGAAGGAGGAAAUGUAAUAUAUAAAUGUAAUAUACGGGGAGUUAGAAUUUCAAAAAAGAUGACCCUUCCAUAUUUUUUAUCUGGAUUCUGCCAUGCUUGAGGACAGCAUCCAUGAAAGAAACAAUGCAGGUUUUUCAUUCUAUAAUUAUUUUUAUGAAGACGGUGUUUAGUUCACUCCGUGCUAUGAAUUGAAGCAUGGGAAGUGGCUACCUGUAAAAGCAGAGCAGAGUCUGGAAUGAUAUAAAUUAUACAGCUGCAAUAUAUA